CACAGAGGAGGUGUGGUUUCUACUAAGUCAGAAAGAGCAUAUGUCACCCAAGCAGGCAACUGAACAGUGCAACACAGUUUGUCGCCUCAGUCCUCUUUGGGUUAUGUUAAAGUUGACAGUUUACUUCUUUGCCUCUCUUCAUUAACAUGGACAGUGCAUUUGCUAACCUGGAUGCAGCUGGUUUCCUGGAAAUCUGGCAACACUUCGACGCAGAUGAUAAUGGCUACAUUGAGGGCAAAGAGCUCGAUGACUUUUUCCGUCACAUGAUGAAGAGACUGGGUCCACAGGAGAAAGUCACUGAAGAAAGAGUCCAGAGAAUGAAGCAAAGGUUUAUGUCAGCCUAUGAUGCCACUGCUGAUGGAAGACUCCAGAUUCAGGAGUUGGCCAAUAUGAUCCUCCCUGAAGACGAGAACUUCCUGUUGAUUUUCCGCAGAGAAGCUCCUCUGGACAACAGUGUUGACUUCAUGAAGAUAUGGAGGAAGUACGAUGUUGACAGCAGCGGCUACAUAUCAGCUCAGGAGCUUAAGGCUUUUCUUAGAGACCUGUUUCAACAGCAUCACAAGGAUGUGUCAUCUGACAAGCUGGAGGAGUACACAGACACAAUGAUGAAAAUCUUUGAUAAAAACAAGGAUGGUUGUUUGGAUUUGAACGACUUGGCCAGGAUCUUGGCUUUAGAAGAGAAUUUCCUACUCCAGUUCAAGAUGGAUGCCUGCAGCAAAGAGGAGAGAAAGACUGACUUUGACAAGAUCUUUGCCCAUUAUGAUGUUAGUAAGACAGGAGCGCUGGAGGGUCCUGAGGUGGACGGUUUUGUCAAAGACAUGAUGGGCCUGGUCAGGCCUAACCUCACAAGUUCUGAGCUGGACAAGCUGCGAGCUGUUUUGUUGCGUCACUGUGAUGUCAACAACGAUGGAAAGAUCCAGAGGAAUGAGUUAGCUCUGUGUCUGGGAGUGAAACCUUAGAUGUUAAAGCCAAAUCUUAAAGAGCUGUAUUAUGAAACACUGGAUUUGUAUUUCUUGUAUAGUCAGUAAUAGUAAUAGAGUUUUCUUUUGAUCUGUAUCAGUCUGAUUACUGGGUUAUUUAAAUGUUAAUAUUCAUGCAUAGUUAUUUGAUCCCAAAUAUGAUAUAAACACAAUUUGUUGCUGUGUGAAGAAAAACUAAAUGAAAUGACUGAUCGUCUAUGACUUGAAAUGACAGUGUUUCUUGUGCAUGUGCAAAGAAAGAUCUUUUUUGUUUCGUGCUGGAGUAUGUUGACCAUUUGCAUGUUUCUCUGCCAAAUAAUGCUUUAGAACAGUGUACACUGUUGAAAAAU